AUGGCUGAAGUCCCACAGCGCCUCGUGAGCUGGCCCCGUGCUGAAUGCGUUGGCAAAUGGGACAGGGAGGAGGCUGUCUCAUUCGGGAAUUCAGGCCCAGGGGGUCCUGUGGCUGAAGUCAUCUCGGGGCGGGGGGGCGAGGUCAGGAAGCCCCAGAAGGGUGGGUGGUGGCGCCCCUACCCGGGGAGGGGGGCAUCUGGGAGGGCGCGGGAGCGCAGGCGGCGAAGCGCGGCGGAUCCCCGGCCCCCGGGGAGUCCUCCGUGCCUGGCCGGCCUUCCCCCAGCCUCCCCCGGCGGGGGGAGCCUUAUGCAACCGCCCCCGCCCCUCCCCGGCUGCCAGGGGUUGCAAGACGCCGAGACGCGCCGGCUCAGCGCGCCCCGUCCCCGGCUGCGCGUGCAGACCGGCGGGGAGGCCGGAGCCAGCGGCCGGCGGCCCCGAUCCGGGAGCGGCGCCUACCCAGCAGGGCGAUGGGGAACCGAGCUCUGGGGUCCGGAGACCUCAUUCUGGGAGGGCUCCAGGGCCCACCUGGAGCUGUGCGGCGGCGGCCUCUUCCUGCUGCUACUGAGCAUCCCGGACGGCUUGCCGUUCGAGAGUCAGGAGGACGAUGACCUGCCACCGGCGAUGCCCCGGCCCAUGUCGGGCACCUCUGCCCGGAAUGUGCUCAGCUGCCCGGCCAAUUGCACCUGCCCGGUGGAGGAGACGGUGGACUGCGGCGGCCUCGACCUGCACAUCUUCCCCAGCAACCUCUCCAAGAGCAUCCAGCAUCUGUCGCUGCAGAAUAAUCGGCUUCAGGAACUGCCCUACAACGAGCUCUCUCGACUGGCUCACUUGAAGACCCUCAAUCUUCACAACAACCACAUCACCUCGGAGGGUCUCCCGGAUGAAGCCUUCGAGUCCCUGCAGGCGCUUCAGUACAUCUACCUGGCCAACAAUCAGCUCUCGGAUGCCCCGCAGUUCCUGCCUGGCACUGUGCGCAUUGUGGACAUGGCGGCCAACCACCUGACUCAGCUCUACCAACUCACCUUUGGACAUAAGCCUGGCCUCAGGUCUGUUUAUCUGCACAACAACCAACUGAGCAAUGGGGGCCUGCCUUUCGAUGCCUUCAACGGCUCGGAUGCUGUCAGCACCCUCAUUCUCUCCAGCAACCUGCUCACCUACGUGCCCCAGAACUUGCCCCUGGCAGUCGUCCGCCUGCAUCUACAGAACAACCGCAUCUCCCGCAUCCCUAAGGGGGCCUUGAGCAGACAGUGGCGCCUCCGGGAACUCUACCUGCAGAACAACAACCUGACCAACGAUGGCCUUGACCCCUCCACCUUCAGCAAGCUGAAGAGCCUGGAGUACCUGGAUCUUUCCAACAACAACCUGACCGAGGUGCCUCCCGGCCUGCCCGCAAACGUCGUGAUCCUGCACCUGGGCCGGAACCGCCUGAACUCUCUCCCGCCGGAGCGCCUGAGCCGCGCACGGGGCCUGCAGUACCUCCUGCUCCAAAGCAACGCGCUGACCGCCUCCGGCGUGCACCCGGAGGCCUUCGCCCGCUUGCGCUCCCUCCACACGCUCCACCUGUACAACAACCGCCUGGAGAGCGUGCCCCCCGGGCUGCCGAGGCGGGUCCAGUCCCUGAUGCUGCUGCACAACCGCAUCGCGCGCAUCGGGCCGCAGGACUUCGCCACCACCUACGCCCUGGCUGAGCUCAACCUCAGCUACAACCGGCUGUACAGCGCCCACAUCCACCGCCUGGCCUUCCGGAAGCUGCGGCGCCUGGAGUCCAUCGACCUGUCCGGCAACCGGCUGACCCUCCUGCCCGCCGGCCUGCCCCCCAGCCUGCAGGUCCUCAACCUCCAGAAGAACCAGAUCAACUCCCUUUCGCCAGAGCUGCUGGCCAACCUCACCGUGCUCAAGGAGCUGCACCUGGCCCACAACCGUCUGCGGAUCGGCGGCAUUUCGCCCGGCACCUGGCAGGAGCUGCAUGGGCUCAAGCUGUUGGACCUGAGCUACAACGAGCUGUCCUACGUUCCCCCAGACCUGCCCGAGUCGCUCGAGUAUCUCUACUUGCAGCACAACCGGAUCGCUGUGCUCACAGCCGAGGCCUUCCUCACGACACCCAACCUCCGCGCGAUCGCUCUGCGAUCCAAUCGCUUACUGGCAGCCAACGUGUCUGCGGAGGCGUUUGCGGAGCUGAAGCAGCUGGAGGUGGUGGACACGACCGGGAACCCGGAGCCGAUCAACAUCCUUCUCCUGCAGGCCGGACACUGGGUCCAGCCCCAGUCGGGCACCUAG